AUGCCUCCCAAGCGCAAAGCCGACAACUUGGAGGCGACCAAGUCGUCCAUAAAGACCAAGAAGAAGCCAGCCUCCUCGAACAAUGACAAGCAAAUUGCUGAUGCUCAAGCUUCGAGCACAAAAGAGUCCGCCAUUCUCACCGGCGUUGCCCCGUUGACCCAAGUGGGAGACAUGUUCUUCGACAUGGCCUCUCGGGUUCCGCCGCCUUCCAAGAAAACAGUCAUCUUGCGGGUGGCGACUGUCUGCUCCGGCACUGAUGCCCCCAUCAUUGCUCUAGAGGCGUUGAUGAAGGCUGUUGAGAUUCUUGGGCAUCCGACACCGUUUCAGCUAGUUCAUCAGUUCAGUUGUGAGAUCGAGGCCUUCAAACAAGGCUUCAUUCGAAGGAAUCUACCAGCCCCGACAAUUAUCUACCGCGAUGUUGCAGAUUUGGCUUUGGCUGCCAGCAAGCUGGAUGGAAAAGUUCUCACCGCAGGCGGUUCCAAGGUUGAGAUUCCCCAGGAGAAGAUCGACAUUUUCUUCUGCGGUUGCUCAUGUGUCGAUUAUUCUAGUCUGAAUAUCAACAUGACCAAAGCAAACAAAAAGGAGACCGAAGAGAAGCUUGGCGUUUUCCAAACUCUCGAUAAAUGGCUUCUUGAUGAUGACAACAAGAAGAAGAAGGACAAAGACAUUAACAAAACGCACCCAGUGCGACGAAACAAAGAUUUUGACCAAGUUCUCGACGAAUGCCUUGAUGGCAUGGUGGACGCGAAGCUUGGUGAAUCGAUACGCACGUUCUUUUCGGCGCUCAUUUUCAUCAAAGAGAGACGCCCCAAGAUCGUCAUCCUUGAAAAUGUCGACGGCGCUCCUUGGUGCAUGUACACCAAACGGAUUUUCCCACUUAUCGGUUACAAGGCCGAAUACCUUCAGGUCGAUAGCAAGCGGUACUAUCUGCCGCAAACACGCCAACGUGGGUAUCUCAUGGCAAUUGACACUGACGCCGCCUCUUCUCCUGGCUGCCCCACGUUGGAAGAGGCCGAGUCGAUCAUAGCUCAUUGGAGAGAAACCAUGAAGAGCCUUGAACGUGCCCCCUCGGCAUCUGUCGCCUCAUUUCUCCAGCUGCCAGACGACAUCGGUACGAUCACGGCCCGCGCUGAUAUGGAGAAGCCUCGUACGACCAAAGACUCGGAUUGGGGCACGAGCAGUCUUCGCCAUGCAGCUGAGCGUAGCCUUCACGAACUUGAAAUGGACGACAACCCCUUCAGCCAAAAGAUGAUGCGAAACCUCAAGGUGAUCGGUCCCAAGCUUCCGCCGCAAUCAUGGCGUCGCUGGUGGUUACAACAAACAUGCCGAUCCAUCGACACAAUGGACAUCAUCGAAGCCACCGGCAACAAGGCGGGAAUCCAUCUCGGUCACAAGACCUGCGUCAUUGAUGUCAGCCAAAACGUCGACAGAUGCACCCCCUUCAACCGUACUGGUUCCGUCAGCAAUCUCAAGCAAUCUCUGGGCAUCAUUGGCUGCAUCACCCCCAGCGGCGCCCCCAUUGUCACAGAUUUGAUGCGUCCGAUCACUGGCACAGAGGCCAUGGCUCUUCAAGGCAUGCCCGUCAACGAGAUGGCGAUUUCGUCUGAAACUCAAGAGCAGCUUCGUGAUCUGGCCGGCAAUGCCAUGACAGUCACCGUAGUCGGCGCAGCCACGCAUGCAGCUCUCCUUGCAAUUCACCGGCAUUUUCCUACACUCUUCGACACCGUCAGCGGUCCCCUCGCCUCGCGGUUCAAGCACUACACGAGAUCGCAGAAGUUGCUUCUUCAGCCUGGCAUCCAGCAGCCCUCGACUACAUCAGUCGUGUAUGAGCCCGAUACUGUGCAUCGACUUGUUCGUGACAUGAUCCGCGUGUGUCAUUGCCCACCACCCAUUGUUUCGGAUCAAGAUGGGAUUCCUAGCUAUUUUAUCUGCCGGACAUGCCAAACAACCGUUUGUGAGGAGUGCAGUGGGAAUCCCCUUCACCAGCUCGAACCCUGGAGGACCCAUUCCCCCGGAGCUUCAGAUGAAGAAGCGGCUCAAGUAUCCUCUGAUGGGGGUAAGGCGUCCCUCAAGAACCACCUUCCCCAAGCCUUCGUGCUUGGAAUCUUUCCCGAUAACCUGCCUGAGCUUCAAGGGAUGAAACAGCCCCCGGCUUGCGAGAUCCUGGCCAGCAAAACUCGCUAUUUCUUUGGAGAGAUCAAGGUCAGCGAAGUCGUCACCGCCACAUACAAGUCCAGAAGGACCAUCGCCCGUCUGGUUAUCCACCCAGAUGGAAAGUCUACCUGGUUCAUUCAUCACAACCCAGGUUCGAACCUCGACAAUCCGCCCACCCUCCCUAGGACGUUUGAACCGAGCUCGCCCAUUGCUCGCGGCGACUUCCACAUGAGCGUCAAUGGAGUCCACAACAUCAAGUGGUCGUUUUGGAUCCCAGACAGAAUCAACAUCACCGCCCUCCUCGAGAGAGAUUCCAGCACUGCGUUCGCCACAGUAAGAGACAAAGUCUCGGGCACGUAUGCGCAUGCACCCGAGUGCGGGACAGCCGGUAAUGAGCUAUACGUCAGCCUACCCGAGUUCCAUCAGACGGAGCCGACUUUCAUCCUCCGCCAAUGCUCUCGGACCGGUCCUGCUACAGAGGAUUCUCUGGUCUGGUCAAGUGAGAUGCGCAAGCUUGAUUACCAUGAGAUCAGGGAUACCUACAUCCAGGCUCUUCCGGAUCUGAAGCUCACCACAUUUCCCGUUGGGCACAUUGGCGAGACAACACUCUUCAGUCCAGGAUAUUGGACCGAGAUUCAGCAAGACCACUCCCUCAGUAUCUGGGAACGUCUCGAAGCUACUGAAAUUCACUGGGGACAAACGAAAGAUGUUACACCUAUGUCGUCUUUGGGGGAUAACGCUACUAGCCCUCCACACUUCUCACGUUUUGUCCUUGCUGAAAUAACUGCCAAUGUUGACCAAUUUCCCUUGUCGGCCGCUCGAAGGCAUAUGCUCGAGGCUCAUGGAACUCCGGGACAGUUCAUCAUGGUUCCCUCCAACAUCACCGAAGACUUCUUGCAUGACUUUGCAUUCGCUGCAAAUGCCUUCAGAGCCCAGAAUCUCGGCGGACCUCGUGAAGAAGUCAAACAUUUUACUGACUGGAUUCGCAUCGACCGGUCUGAGCAAUGGUCAAGGCCACCACCUGAGAUCCACAUCAGCAAGACAAAAGGCAAGCGUUUAGCUGUUGAAGACCCUGAUGAAGCCAAAGACUUUGAGGAGACUCUCCUCAACAUGCCACGAGCCAUUGCCAUCGCUGCCCAGCUUCAAGAUCCCGAAUUGUGUCUCAUAGCCACACUGCAGCCCCAAGUUCUGGCCUCAAGAGCCUAUGCAUACCUCUUACAAGCACACAGAACGGUACCAAGUGGCAGCAGGGAAAUCCAGUCUGCAGAGACCUACUUCAAGGUUUAUAUCGAUCAUGCCAAGCCCCGAAACAUGAGCUUCCCGGGCUUCCAUCCUCUCAUCAAGCCCUGCAAUGACAGCAACAGACACGGGAUCCAGUACGACGAAGCCGACAAGUACAGGAUGAUCAACCCACCUCGAUUCCAAGCCGGUCGUCACAAGCUUCGCGACAGUCAACGAAAUGCUGUUUUGUGGAUGCUUCUCCGCGAGGAAAAGCCCGAGCCAUUCCUAGAAACCGAGAUUGAGGAGGAGGUGGUGACCCCUCUCUCCGUCCGUGUUGUUGGAAAAGCGACUUGGCCGACCAGAUUUCCCUACAGCUCUCGAGGUGGCGUGGCGGCUCACGAGAUUGGAUACGGAAAGACCGUGGUGACACUUGCUCUGAUCGAUUCCCGAUGCUGGUUCGACCGUGAGGCCUCUAUCGAGGAGCGUCGCCAGGUUGAUGAGUGCUGGCAUGAGGAGCUCAAGUCCAAGUACGAAGAGCUCAAAGAAGUGGGACUUCCCCUCGCCGAAGAUGAGAAGAAUGAGUUCUUCAUCCAUCUUUCGGCGACUCUUGUGGUGGUGCCUGAGCACCUCACGGAGCAGUGGUCUCUCGAAGCGAAAAACUUCCUCGGUCUGAAGGUCGGAAGCCAGGUCAUUGUCAUCAAAACAGUGGCCCAGUUCUACCUCGGUCGGAAGUUGGACGUCCUGAGGAAGGCGGAGCUCAUAAUCAUGAGCUCCAAGAUCCUCGGUGACAAGUUCUUCGAGAAACUGUGGGGGUUUGGAUGGGGUGAUCUCGAUCCCCCAUUCAAGGAUCUCUCGGGACGCGCGCGUGAGCGCUGGUACCGUCAGGCUCUGCGCAACCUGCGCAUCCUGACGGCCAGUAAGCUCGCGGCUGCAGGCGGCAAAGACAACGCCGCAGCCGAGCGCCGUUUCUUUGGUCUGCAGGCGUCGGAACGUGAGGCUUUCCUGGCCAAGAUCGUUCCCGAUAGCCGGCGGAAGGACCAGAGAACCCCAAGGGAUAAAGUCCCAGCUUCGCCGGCGAAGAAGGAAGAAGGGGGGGGCAACUUCGCGCGUGUCGUAUGGGACGAGUGCUCAUACGACCACAAGGCGGACAACAAGAACAUCCCGUUCUUUGUUGAAAACCUUGUCGCGAACGCGAAGUGGCUCCUCUCGGGUACGCCCAAGGUGUUCGGCCUCUCCGAGGUCUGCAAGACGGCCAAGGUUUUUGGCGUUCACCUGGCGCGGCCCGAACCGCGCAUCAUGCCCGGUCUCCCGGCCGUCACUGGUGGUCCGGUCUUGGAACCUGCUUCCAAGAGCGAGGAGUAUCACGCCUACUCCUCCGCGCUCAAGAGUGCUUCUCUCGCCCACGAGAGACACUCCCAGGCCCAGGCCUUCGUGCGGCAAUUCUUCCGCGCCAACCGCGUUACCGAUGAUGGUGGCACGGCUCUCUCUUCGGUGGAGGUGGUUCUUCCUGUCCGCAUGAAAGGAGUGACGGCAGCGCGCUACUACAUGGCGCACCAGGAAGCCCUCGAUGCCGACAUGGACUUUGCAGCCAUAUCCAGUCACGUACGCCAGCAGCCAGACUACUCGAAAGAAGAUAUGGGGGAUUCAACCAAGUCUACGACCAUGAUGUUGGGUCUGUUGGCCAAUGAUGUGGUGGCUGUGUCUCGCGCCUUGACACUUCCAGAAUUCGAGAACUCCCUCACGAGAUCCCAUUGCCGACUGGCAACGUCCGUCAAGUUUCUUUGGGAUAAGGCUGUGUGGCUCAAUAAAUGGCUUACUUACCUCUACCGCAAUGAAGUCAAAAAAGAACAAGAGAACCUGCAAAAAGAAGCAGCAAUGUGCUCAUUCCAAUACCUCUGUAAAGAGGUGAAUGUGGCAAGGGAAGGAGACUUCAGGCACUACGGGGGAGGAGAAGAAGUGUUCAACUGUGUGGCUCAUGCCAUGGUCAACGGCUGUCUUCCGACUGAUCCUACCGUCGAUCCUGCCGCUAUCAUUGCCCAACCCAUGAAAGAAUUCGAGGGUCCCUGGGUGGACGGGUACGAUCAGUCCAAGGCUCAUUUUACCUGGCUGCACUUCUUCGACAAAGCGGAGAUCGAGAUUCCCAAGACAGUCAGCAACGAGACCGCGGUACGGCUUGCUGAAGACCUCUGUGCUCUACGCCGCACACUGCACAUCAACACUCCCCUGGCAAAGGCCCCCCUUCUCCCGGGCGGCUUUGAUCCGGAGCCUCUGUUUCACCCCAGGCCUAAUAUGCCAUUGCCUGAUAUUCGCAAUGGUCUGGACCAGGAUAAAACGACCCUCGGCAACUGGACUGUCAAGGAACUGAUUGAAUUUUGCCAUGCGCACAGAGACCUCAUGCCGGACAGACCUGAGUAUGAUGACGAAAAAUGCCUACCUUUUGAUGCCGAAGGUCUCCACGUCAGCGCCAGUACGACCAGGAGCCAGCUAGUGUCCAAAGCAGUGGAGUUGAACCUGAAAUCUCACGGCGCCGUACCCAAGCUCCGUCAAGCACUCUGGGAACAUAGCAAGAACAUAGGUCGUGGAGGUGCCUACCGCGACGGCAGACCCCAGUCCCUUAAAGACGGUACCUUCAAGAAUCCAGAAAAUAAGUCCGCGAUGCUUUCAGAGUUCAAAUCGACGGUGGCCGAGCUGAUGAAGACCAUGGGCGACUUCAAGAACGCCACGAAGGAACUCGCAUUCAUGCCCAAGUUUAUCCAGUUCUCGACUUCUCCGGACAGGGACCAGCUGCUGCAAUCAAGGACCUGCGAUGGUGAGAGCUGCGGGAGACCCCUGACCUCCGCGAGCCAGUCUUACAUCGUGGUUGCCUGUGGACACAUCUUGUGUUCUGCCUGUCGCCAUCCACAGACGGCAAGGCUCUGCCCUGCCAGGAAAUGCUCGUCCUUCAUCAAGGAACGCCCAGUCAUCCCCUGCACCGAACUCAACGACAACGUCAAGAUGUCCAAGGUGGACCACAUGAUGGAGCUGGUCAAAAGCAUCAUCGCCAAAGAUGAGCGUGUUUUGGUAUUCGGCCAGUACCAGUCCUACCUCGAGAAGCUGUGGUCCAGGAUCAAGGAGAUAGAUCCCAAGGCCACUAACCUGGCUUUAGUCACCAGCUCGAGGGAUACGUCUGCUAUGUUGGAGAAGUUCAAGUCAGGAAUCGGGGGCAAUGUGAUGCUCCUCAACAUUGACAAUGAUACCAGCGCCGGCAGCAACCUCACCGUCGCCAACCACAUCAUCUUUGCCAACCCCUACUUCCACCCCAACAAGCACCACCAGGCCAUCACGGUUCGCCAGGCCAAGGGCAGAUGCCUCCGGUACGGACAGACGAAGACUGUGUAUGUGUACCACUUCAUGAUGGCACACACGGAUGAGGACCGGCUUCUUCGUGAGCACCAGGUCGAUAACCCGGCCAUCAAGAGAUACUUUGACAACGUCAACGGCGGUGAGAACGGAGUUAUUGUGAGUAAGCACUGCUUUAAUGUGCCGGGACAAAGGAGAUACCGUGAUUAA